UCGUUUUUUUCUUGGCGACUAUCUUAUUCGUUACUUCAUCUAUCUACCUCCUGCCGAACGGUCUACAAAAUUGGAUUUGAGGCUCUGCUGGCCUUUGUUUCGGAUUUGACGACGCGUGGUGCGCGAGGGCAAUGGGAAUAUGGGGAAGAAAGGACGAGCACUGUGAGAAGAACCAAAACACAAGAAACAUGGCGUCACGGAAUAUCAGCAUGGGUCAGACGACGAGACCGUCCAUGUCGUCUAGCUCCGGCAACGCGAUGAAGACGCGGCAGUUGACACAUCUUCAUUCACAGCUGGCGCAGCUGUCUGCUAAUUUUUCCGAUACGGAGAACCUGGUUCGUAUGACGAGCGUUCAGGCUGAGAGUAUGCGGGGUUUGGGGGCGUGGCAUGGUGGCAUGUUCAUGGCUGCGAGUAAGGUACUCGGAGAAGAGGCUAUCAAUCGCGAUGCGGCGGCGCAGGCGAGGGGCGGUCAGAGAUGAGAGAUGCUAUUAGGAGACCUGCAAGAGAAACGAAGUGAAGAUGCGAGAGCGUGGUUGAGUUCUGCGAGCCGCGUGAGGCUCUUCUAUGUGUUGUAGCAAGGGGGGGAGGAUGCCAUCUGGCUGAUUUCCAUACCGAGCAAUGGAACUUUUAUCAAUUCAGAGU